UAUCCCCAUCUCAGAGUAUUGCAUUACUGUGCUAAUGUAUAUCCAGGGCAAGCGCCAUGUGCAUACAUUGCUCUACCGAGUCCCACGGGCAAAGGUGGUGGCAGUCUGCAGUACCGAUGCUAGCGAGAUUGAAUGGGCCACAGCCAACCAAGAGUACAACGACUUCGGCAUCACCGUUUAUGACAACUACGACAACAUGUUGGCUCAUCCUGGACUUCAGGCAGUCUGGAUCUCGAGCAGUACCGACGUGCAUGCAAGCCAGUCCCUGGCAGCUAUCAACAAGGAUCUGCAUGUCCUUUGUGAAAAACCCCUGAGUACGGACUUGGCUGAGGUAUGCUAUUACUGGCGUAACUGAUGAACCCACGCUGACAUUUCGACACUAGGCCCAGUCAGUGGUUGAUGCAGCAAGAGCCAAGCCUUCACUCAAAGUGAUGGCUGGUUUCUCGCGCAGAUUCGAUGCCUCCUACCGGGACGCAAGUCAGAAGAUCUUCGACAAAAAGGCCAUUGGAUCGCCAUUUCUCGUCCGGUCAAACACCUGCGACUUGAAGGAUGAGACUGGCUUCUUCGUCCGAUACGCAUCACGCAACGGGGGUAUCUUUGUCGAUUGUGCCAUUCACGACAUUGACUUGUCGCUCUGGUUCUUGGAUAACCCGACGCCCAAAGCUUGUUGGGCAGCUGGAACGCUUCAGCAUCACCCAGAGCUGAAAGACCUGGCAGACGUCGACAAUGCGGUCGGUGUUGUUGAGUUCUGGGGCGGUAAGAUUGCAUACUUCUACUGCUCGCGGACCCAGGCACAUGGACAUGAUGUGUGCACCGAGAUCACCGGAACCGAGGGCAAGGUGAUGGUCAACGUGAUUCCGCGACAGAACAACGUUGUCCUUGCCGAUAAACUGGGUAUGCGACACGAAGUGCAGCCGGAAUACUGGGAGCGAUUCGAGAACGCAUUUGCCGUGGAAGCCAACGAGUUUGUGAACGCAGUGCUGAAGGAUACCGAAGUUCCGCUGCCGCUAGAGCGAGGAAUCAUGGUGAUGAAAAUUGGACAAGCUCUGCAACGGGCUCUGCUGUCCGGGGAGGUAGUCCGGUUUAACGAGAAUGGCGAGCGACUGAACUGCAAUGAAUUGCAUUGAUCCUGUCAAGCACCGAAGCUCAUAGAAUUGUUAGUGAAAUGAAA